GUCUCUGUAUAAAAGUUCAGCCUGGUUUAUCUGAAAAUUCAUCUAUUUAAUUUGUUGUUUCAGUUGAUUUUGAUGAAUUAUUAAUUAUCAGGAUUAGUUUGUCGGAAUCAGAAUGGAAAACCCAGAAGAGAAAGGCCACCAUUCCGACACGGCGGAGUUAGACGGCGGCGGAAAAAACAGUACUGCCCAUUUCAGCCUCCCUGAAACCAAAACCGCCGCGGCAGAUGACUCUGUGGUGGAUAUCACCCUCGACGUGCGGGAAGACUCGGUGGCGGUGCAAAGCGUGAAGACGGUCGCCGCCGCCGCCGCUGCCGCCGGCGAGGUGCAGGACUCUGAGUUGAAUAUUCUUCCCGCCAAAGGCAUGGAAAAGAAGUCUUCAUCUUCCGGAUCAUCUUUCGCCAGAAACGCUUCGUCGACAAUUAGGCAGGUGUCGCUAGGGAUGAAGCGUUUGGCCUCCGUCACGCGCCGCCGUCAGCCGUCGAGGAGACUCCAUCGGACUGAAUCCGCCGCCACCCACGCACUCAAUGGACUCAAGUUCAUCAACAAGACUGGUGGUGGUGGUGGCGGCGCCGCCGCCGCCGCCUGGGCCGGGGUGGAGCAGCGGUUCAAAAAGAUUACCUCCACCACCAAUGGGUUGCUACCUCGUUCGCACUUUGGUGAAUGCAUUGGUAUGAAUGAGGAGUCAAAGGAAUUUGCCGGAGAGCUCUUCGACACGCUUGCGCGGAGGAGGCAUAUCGUCGGGGACUCGAUCACCAACGUACAAUUGAAAGAGUUUUGGGACGAGAUUAAUGAUCAAAGUUUCGAUUCUCGACUUCAAACUUUCUUUGACAUGGUUGAUAAAGAUGCCGAUGGAAGAAUCACCGAGGAUGAAGUCAGAGAGAUAAUUACUUUGAGUGCUUGUGCAAAUAAGCUAACUAAUAUCCAAAACCAGGCUGAUGAAUAUGCUAGACUAAUCAUGGAAGAAUUAGACCCCAAUAAUAUUGGCUACAUUAUGAUAGAAAAUUUGGAGACGCUUCUACUACAAGGCCCGGGAAAAUCGAGUUUAGCCUCCGCGUCGACCCGAAACCUGAGCAAAAUGCUGAGCGAAAAGCUAAAGGUGACAAAAGAACACCCUCUCAAAAUGUGGUGUAGAGAUAAUUUUCACUAUUUUUUGAUCGAUAAUUGGAAGAGGGUUUGGGUUAUGGGUAUGUGGAUUGGAGUUAUGGGUGCACUUUUCGGUUACAAGUACGUCGAGUACAAAAGGAAAGAGGACGUUUUCGAGGUCAUGGGGCAUUGCGUGUGCAUGGCUAAGGGUGCCGCCGAGACUUUGAAGCUCAACAUGGCGUUGAUUUUGCUGCCGGUGUGCCGGAACACCAUCACGUGGCUGAGGAACAAGACUAGAUUGGGAGUCGCGGUGCCGUUUGACGACAAUCUUAAUUUCCACAAAGUGAUAGCAAUAGCAAUUGCAAUAGGUGUUGGAAUACAUGGAAUAAGCCACCUAAGUUGCGAUUUCCCGCGGCUACUAAACGCAAGCCCGGAAAAAUACGAGCCGUUGGAGCCGUAUUUCGGAGAGAAUCAGCCGACAAGCUACGGUCAAUUCGUGAAGGGAUGGGAAGGUGUGACAGGGAUUUUAAUGGUGAUUCUAAUGGCAAUAUCAUUCACACUUGCAUCUCCAUGGUUCAGGAGAAACAGAGUAAAAUUACCCAAACCACUGAAUAAAAUCACAGGGUUCAAUGCAUUUUGGUACUCACACCACUUGUUCAUCAUUGUCUAUACUCUCCUCAUUAUUCAUGGGAUCAAACUUUAUUUGACUCACCAAUGGUACAAGAAAACAACUUGGAUGUAUCUAGCAGUUCCUGUGGCACUCUAUGGUGGUGAAAGGUUGUUCAAGGCAUUCAGGUCAAGAGUCAAGGCCGUUAAAAUUCUUAAGGUGGCUGUGUUCCCUGGGAAUGUGCUAUCACUGCACAUGUCUAAGCCUCAUGGAUUCGAAUACAAAAGUGGACAGUACAUUUUUGUCAAUUGCGCAGCUGUUUCUCCAUUUGAAUGGCACCCUUUCUCUAUUACAUCGGCACCUAGUGAUGGUUAUGUGAGUGUUCACAUUAGAACCCUCGGUGAUUGGACAAAGCAACUUAAAACUACUUUCACCAAGGUUUGUCAGCCGUCACCGACCGGAAAAAGUGGGAUCCGUAGUGUUGACUACUUGGAAGGAGAAGACAAUCACAACUGUCCUAAGGUGUUGAUCGAUGGUCCAUACGGAGCACCGACACAAGACUACAAGGACUACGACGUGGUCCUACUCGUAGGUCUGGGCAUAGGCGCCACGCCCAUGAUCAGCGUGGUCAAGGACAUAGUCAACAACAUGAAGGCGUUGGACGAAGCUGGUGAAAACGAAAACGCCGCUUUAGAGGGCGGGACCCACAAACGGAAAAAAACAGUGUCAAAUUCACCGAGCGAUAAGCAAGACUUCAAAACAAGGAGGGCGUACUUCUAUUGGGUGACGAGAGAACAAGGCUCGUUCGAUUGGUUCAAGGGUGUGAUGAACGAGGUGGCGGAAAUGGACCACAAGGGAGUGAUUGAAAUGCACAACUAUUGCACUAGUGUGUAUGAGGAAGGGGAUGCUCGUUCUGCGCUGAUUGCUAUGCUUCAGUCGAUUAACCAUGCCAAGAACGGAGUGGAUGUUGUCUCCGGGACUAGGGUUAAGUCUCACUUUGCUAAGCCUAAUUGGAGGGAGGUCUACAAAAGUAUUGCGGUUAAUCAUCCUAAUGCAAGAGUUGGAGUGUUCUACUGUGGGGCACCGCCACCAGUGAGAGAGCUAAGACAACUAGCUUCUGAUUUUUCUCACAAGACCACCACUAAAUUUGAGUUCCACAAAGAAAACUUUUGACCUACAGCCAAGAUUACAACUCGAUUUUAUUUGGGUAAAAUAUAUAGAUAGUUAAAGGUAUUUUUUGUUAUUUUUUAUUUUCCUAGAGUGACCUCACAAAAGAUCAUGCUCGAAUCAGCAUAGAUUAUUUGUCGGGUCGAAUUUGAUUUGAUUGUGGUGGUGAAGCAAUGGGAUUUGGGAAUAAUUUUCCCCAACCACCUGCAAAUGUAUGUAUGUAUACGUACUAUUAUAUUUGCUCUCUUCUCUUUGUCUCUAAUGAUGAGUUUCACAAUU